CUUAGAUUUAAUCUUUCUCUAAAUCUGAUCCGGAGAAGACACUCCCAAACUGAAACGAGAAACCGCAGAAAUUAGAUUUUCAAUGAUGCAGUUAAGGAUUCUUUAGCCUAGAGGAUUCCCAAGUCAAGCCGUGAUGUUAGAACGGUUGGCAGCAUGGGUUCUCAAUACCUAUCUGGGAGAAUAUGUUGAGAACCUCAACACAGAUCAGCUCUCAAUAGGACUUCUGUCUGGUGCAGUUGAACUGGAAAAUCUUCCAUUGAGGAAAGAUGCCUUGAAAGAAUUAGACCUGCCCGUCGAAGUCAAAGCUGGGUUCAUUGGAAAGAUUCGUCUUCAGAUCCCAGUCACGCAUCUAAAGACGGAGCCAUGGGUGAUCUCUAUAGAGAACCUGUACCUGGUAGCUGGUCCUGCUCUGAGGACCAAGUACGAUGAGAAAGAGGAGGCCCCGGAACAGGACAGGAAGCAGCAGCAGCUGGAUGCCAUCGAGGCUCAAUGGAAGAGAAAAAUGGAAGCCUCUGGUCCGAAUGAGGAUACAUCUUGGUAUGCAUACUCUACAAACAUCUUCUACAAUGUCUUGGAGAAUCUACAACUCAAGAUCAAGGAUGUCCAUAUCCGGUACGAGGACUCGACCAUCCUGCCCGGCAUGAAUCUAGCCUUCGGGAUCACCAUCAAAAGCAUCUCUGCUGUCAGCACCGAUGAGAACUAUUCACCCAGACAGACUGGUGGAGAGAAGGCUACAGGAGGUAUGAAGUUCAAGCUUGUCCGCUUAGAGAACUUUGCCAUCUAUUGGGAUGCAGACUCUGCUCCAGUCUCAGACUUUGAUCUUACAGAUCUCCGGGAUGCUCUGAUGAGCGAAAAGUGCCGUACAACUGAAAACCAGAUCAAGAACCAUGACUACAUGGUGGAACCGGUGAGUGCUGAAGCCAGACUGAAGCGGAAUGGUUCAGCCCUCCCGCUGCGAUCUCGCACCACGCCCCGCUACGUCUGUGACCUGACGCUUCAGAAGAUUCCUCUGUCUCUCUCCGAGGAUCAGUACCGAGGUAUCACCGUCCUGAUGAAGGAAUUUGAGCGCAACGGCAAAGCAAGGCAUUACAGGAAGUGGAGGCCGGAAGCCUGGACUGGCGACAAGGAAAGUAUCAGAAAGUGGUGGCAGUUUGCCAUCAACAGUGUUCUACAUGGCAUCAAGGACCGCAGACGCAGGAGAACACCCAAGUUCAUCUCAGAACGGAUCGGUCUCAACAAACAGUACACCACAGUCUAUACUAGAUUCCUGGAGGCGAAGGAUAUAGACCCUGCAUCACUCAUGGUAUGA